ACUAUCAAAUUUUUAAAAAAGUACAGAAAAUGAUUUAGUUUUAUCAAAUUGUGUAUUUAUUUGUCCAAGACCACCUAUUUAGAUAUUUUUGAUCUUGUGUCUAAGAACGCCGCCACCCACCACUGUGCCUCCGCCUGCUGCCGGCUGCUCCUUCCCUGCUGGUAGGUAAUUCUGCUGCAAAUUUAAGCUAAAUGGACUGUUAACUGUUUGACAAAAUGCCUAAAUGACAAUUCUACACCAAAUUAAAUAUUACUCUUACCAAAAUCAUAGGGCUAAGUAAUGGGCGGACCAAGAUGGAAAGGAAAGGGAUCAAAAGCUAAAGCAGUUGCAGAACCAAUGUCAAACAUAGUUUCAGAGUUUUGUUCUUCUCUUACACAAUCCAAUGCUCAUGGCUUACUCUCAGGAAGCAGUGUGCUUCUUGCAGUAGAAUCACAACAGACAAAGCUUAUUACUCGUGCUUGCUUCGGACAGCCCGUGAUUACAGCCGAUACGGAUAAGCAAUGGAUUCAAUUAGGUUUGGAGGAAGCAUUUUAUCUAUGUUUUAAUCUUAAAUGCAUCAACAUUGUUGGGGCUAAUAACUGCCAUAGAACUGAUAUAGAGUUAUGGCAGUAUAUGGUGUCCCGUAAAGACAAUUUCCCUGCUUUUUACAAGGCGUAUUUGCAUCUUCGGAUCAAAAAUUGGGUUGUGAGGCCAGGAUCACAAUAUGGUGUAGAUUUUGUUGCUUAUCGUCAUCAUCCGUCUUUGGUUCAUUCUGAAUAUGCUGUGCUCGUGUUGUCGGAAGACGAUGCGAAUGCAAAUGGGAGAUUACAAGUGUGGUCUGAUUUGUACUGCGCUGUCCGGCUUUGUGGAAGUGUUGCUAAAACAUUGUUAGUUCUUAGUGUCAAUGGAAAUUGCCAUGGUGCUACCUCGCCGUCGUGCCUGGAUAGUUACUCUGUUGAAGAGCGGACAGUUACUAGAUGGAUUCUCGAGCAAAAUCGGGAGGAUCAACCAAUGAUGGAAAAGGGAGACCGGUGAGAUUCAAAAUGUAGGUAAAGAAGCAUUUAUGAGAUUGAAAGGAAGAUAGAGUUGCUUGCAGAAAAGAACAGAAGUAAAACUACACAAUUUACUUGUUGUGUUCUACAUAAUAUUUGCAAAUUGCGUAAAGAGGAAAUCAACCCGAUGCUCAAUAUUGAAGUUUUUGAUGACGAAAUGUUGCCUGAAGUUGCUUUGAGAUCAGUAAAUUCACGAAGGCUAGAGAUGCUAUUGUUGCCCAUAACAUUUUGCACCAUUGUCAUGAAGGGUUUGGUUUUCUGUAGUUCAAAGUGAAAUUUCCUUAACUUGGUAUUGAAAUUCUUUUGGAUUUAGUUUGUUUAAGUUGUAUUUUAGAAUACCACAAAUUGCCAUUCAUCAUAUUUAAUUGAAGGGAGGCUAUGUAAACACUAUGUUUGUCCUGUCCAUUCAUCAUACUAACAUCAUGUAACCCAGUUUUCAAUCUCAAUUUUAGAAUAAUAAAUAAAUGAACUGACAUUGUUUUGUAUCA